AUUUUUAUUCCUUACGUAAAAAAACCAGUGCGUAAAAAAUUAAAUUGAAUCUAUAUAAAUUAUAUUGAUAAUAGUUUAUGUAGAAUAAAAAUUACAAAUUUAAAUUAUAUAAUAAUAUGAAUUCAGGGGAACAAAGUGUUCCUACUUCGUCUGUAAAUAAUCCUCCUGAUUCUAAAAGACCAAAUACUCUUUUACCACAAUCACUUAAUGCAGGUAAAAGAAAGUUAGUUGUAGAUUUAUCAUCACUUCCACUUCAAAUUUUACUACACUUAAAUGUUUACUUUUUUGGCUUUUAUUGGAUUUGUGAAUUGCUUUUGUACAUUUAUAAAGGGAUUAUUUUACCAUAUCCAGACAAUGGUGGCACUCUGACUACAGAAAUAGUUCUUCUUGCUUUUCUUGGAAUCAUUGAAACCUUUAGAAUUUUUUUUGGUUAUAAAGGGAACCUUGGAGAGCGAAAGCAAACCCUAACUUGGUCUGUUGUUUUAGCAAUCCCUAUUCUUGUAUCUCAAUUCUACCUUAUAUUUUGGCAAACAUAUAUUCUUCGUAUUGAGGUUGUAUUAUGUGGCAUUCUUCUUGUUAUGGUGAUUUUAGAAGUCAUACUUUCUUUUGCUUGCAUAUGGAGUUUUCAAAGACAUGAAUCAUUUAUUCGACGAUAGGAAUUUAUUUGACAAGAGCAAUUUAUUUGAAGUAAUUUGUUUGAAACAGCUUUCUAAAAAUUAUUCUAUUGUAAAUAAUUAAAAAAUAGUUAUAUUUAUUUUCUAUUUUAUUGUAAAUAAAAUUUUAUGAUUAUGUAGUUUGAAAUUGAAAUACAACCAAUAAUGUGUUUUACAAAUUUUAAA